AUGAGGGCAAGUACAUCCAUUCAGUGUGUAAAGCACUUCAAAACCAGAUCACAGCUCCCUCUGCACCAAAGACAACGAAGAGGGGAGAAACCAUUUGAAUGCACAGAGUGUGGACGGAGAUUCAGUGAGACAGGGAAUCUUCACAAGCAUCAGAGAAUCCACAAAGGAGACAGACCUUUGGACUGUUUAGAGAGUGAAAAGAGAUACAGUCAGAAUGGCACUCUUCAAAAGCAUCAUAGAACCCACACAGGGGAGAGACCUUUUGAAUGCUCAGAGUGUGGAAAGAGAUUCAGUAAGAGUGGCCAUUUUCAACUUCAUCAGAGAACCCACACCGGGGAGAGACCUUUUGAAUGCUCAGAGUGUGGAAAGAGAUUCAGUCGGAGUGGCAACCUUCAAACUCAUCAGAGAACCCACACAGGGGAGAGACCUUAUGAAUGCUCAGAGUGUGGAAAGAGAUUCAGUCAGAGUGGCCAUUUUCAACUUCAUCAGAGAACCCACACCGGGGAGAGACCUUUUGAAUGCUCAGAGUGUGGAAAGAGAUUCAGUCGGAGUGGCAAUCUUCAAACUCAUCAGAGAACCCACACAGGGGAGAGACCUUAUGAAUGCUUAGAGUGUGGAAAGAGAGUCAGUCACAGUGUUAGUCUUCAAAGGCAUCAGAGAACCCACGCAGGGGAGAGACCUUUUGAAUGCUCAGAGUGUGGAAAGUGGUUCAGUAAGAGGCGAAAUCUUCAGAGGCAUCAUAGAACUCACACAGGGGAGAGACCUUUUGAAUGCUCAGAGUGUGGGAAGAGGUUCAGUCAGAGUGGCAGUCUUCAAAGUCAUCAGAGAACCCACACAGGAGAGAGACCUUUUGAAUGCUCAGAGUGUGGGAAGAGGUUCAGUCAGAUUGGCAGUCUUCAAAAUCAUCAGAAAACCCACACAGGAGAAAGACCUUUUGAAUGCUCAGAGUGUGGGAAGAGGUUCAGUCAGAUUGGCAGUCUUCAAAGUCAUCAGACAACCCACACAGGGGAGAGACCUUUUGAAUGCUCAGAGUGUGGAAAGAGAUUCAGUUACAGUGGCUAUCUUCAAAGUCAUCAGAGAACCCACACAGGGGAGAGACCUUUUGAAUGCUCAGAGUGUGGAAAGAGAUUCAGUCAGAGACAGAAUCUUCGAAGUCAUCAGAGAACCCACACAGGGGAGAGACCUUUUGAAUGCUCUGAGUGUGGAAAGAGAUUCAGUCACAGUGGAAGUCUUCAAACGCAUCAGAGAACCCACACAGGGGAGAGACCUUUUGAAUGCUUAGAGUGUGGAAAGAGAUUCAGUCAGAGUGGCGGUCUUCAAUGUCAUCAGAGAACCCACACAGGGGAGAGACCUUUUGAAUGCUCGGAGUGUGGAAAGAGAUUCAGGCAGAAUAGUCGUCUUCAAAGUCAUCAGAGAACCCACACAGGGGAGAGACCUUUUGAAUGCUCAGAGUGUGGAAAGAGAUUCAGUCAGAAUAGUCAUCUUCAAAAUCAUCAGAGAACCCAACUGAAAAAGGUUAUACCAACAGUUAUUGACGAAUAUCAAACGGGAUUCAUCCCCGGCAGAAUGAUAAGACAAAAUACGAGAUUUUUUAUGAACAUCCUAGAGUAUUAUCGAAGCCACCCCGGAAAGCCGUUUGCAGGUAUUGCUCUCGAUGCAGAAAAGGCGUUUGACAACGUCAACUGGAACCUUAUGCUAAAGGCACUAGCAGCUAUUGGAUGUGGCGAAGGCAAGAAGGCUCCCUGCCUUCCCAUAAGGACCAGCCGGACCGGACUUCAGCCAGUGGGUGGCUCUGUGGAAGAGGUUUCAGGAUUGCAUGGAAAACACGUGCUUCUCUAA